AUGAAUCUGUUUAAACGUAAAAGUAAGUCAGGAACAUCCGCUGAAGAAAUUUUGUUAAAUGAUGUCAAAUUUCAAUCACUACUAUUAACGUUACCCGUGGAGAUUGUGUAUCAAAUACUCGACUAUCUCCAAGUAGUAGAUAUUCUUAUAUCCAUGCAAAAUGUAUGUAAACGUAUCAACGCUAUUGUAAAUACUUAUCCUCGAUAUAAGAUGCUCGAUGAAUUAAAUCUAUCCUUCUGUACUCUCAAUUGCGACGGUAUACAAAAAUUAUCCAACGCAUUGCGACAUAACACAACACUCACUACAUUGACGAUCAAUUACCAAGAAAUCGAUAGUGAAGGUGCACAGCAUUUAGCGAAAGCAUUGUACUAUGAAACAGCACUGACCACUCUCAAUCUGUACAACAAUCGAAUCGGUGAUCUAGGUGCAGAAUUUUUCGCAAUUACACUACAGUAUAAUAAAAUGCUUACUACCUUGAAUCUUUCGUCGAAUUCAAUCAGUUCGAAAGGAACGAAAUUCAUCGCCAAUGCAUUGAAACGCAACAAAACGUUAAAAACUCUCGAUUUAUCGGUGAAUAAUAUCAAUUUCAAAGGAGCUAAAUAUCUUGCAGAUACCUUGAAGAGUAACCAACACCUCAUUAUGUUAGAUCUUUCGUUGAAUCAUCUCGGUCCUGAAGGUGCCGAACACUUGGCAACUGGGCUCAAAUAUAACACAACACUAACAGUAUUGAAUAUCAAAUACAAUGGUCUUGAAGCAAUUGGCUCAAAUUAUUUCCAAAACGAACUGGCAAAAACUCCAUCAAGAAUAAAACUUUAA